UUCCUGAGAAAAGGGCAAAGGUACUACCUUUAUAAAUUCUGAAAGAAAGUCUUGUUAUUUUCCUAGAAAAUGGGAACUUUUUGUGCUGGUGAAAAUGGAUGUAUGAGGUGAGAGAGCAAGAAAGUGGGUUUUCUUCUUAUGUUAACAGAAGGGAUAAGCAACUGAGCAAAGAAGACGGCCGCGGUUAUGGUCGAAGCAUCAUUGAGAAAUGGAGAAGAGUAUAAAGCGGCUGCUGGAUAUUAUGGGCUUUGCGCUGUUAGUGGAAUGCUCAGUGCUGGCACAACCCAUCUUGCAAUCACUCCUCUUGAUGUCUUGAAAGUCAAUAUGCAGGUGAAUCCGGUCAAGUACAACAGCAUAUAUGCUUGCUUUACCACUCUAUUGAGAGAGCAAGGUCCUUCAGUGUUUUGGAGAGGAUGGGCAGGCAAGUUAUUUGGUUAUGGUGUUCAAGGUGGUUGCAGAUUUGGUUUGUAUGAAUACUUCAAGAAUCUUUACUCAAAUGUCUUGGUUGACCGCAACAGGAGUUUUGUCUUCUUUAUGAGUAGUGCUUCAGCUGAAAUGUUUGCCAAUUUAGCUCUUUGUCCUUUUGAAGCUGUUAAAGUAAGGGUUCAAGCACAGCCCCAUUUUGCCAAGGGAUUGCUUGAUGGAUUUCCAAGGGUUUAUGCAUCAGAAGGGUUUACUGGCUUUUACAGAGGGCUUGUUCCACUUUUGGGUCGAAACCUUCCAUUCUCAAUGGUUAUGUUCUCAACGUUCGAGCAUUCUGUGGAUUUUCUGUAUCGUACUGUUGUUCAAAGAAGGAAGGAAGAGUGCUCAAAAGCUCAACAGCUUGGGGUGACAUGUUUAGCUGGAUAUGCUGCUGGUUCUGUUGGUAGCUUUAUUUCUAAUCCUGCUGACAACAUUGUUGCUUGCCUUUAUAACAAAAAGGCCGAUAGUCUUAUACUGGCUGUCAAGAGAAUUGGGGUUUUUAACUUAUUUACAAGAAGCCUUCCUAUAAGGAUAUUACUUGUUGGACCUGCUGUCACUUUACAGUGGUUAUUCUAUGACAGCAUCAAAGUUUUAAGUGGAUUACCUACUAGUGGAGAAGUUAGAAAGAAGUAGGAGUAGAUGGAGCAGACUAAAUUCCUGGAAACAAGAUAUGCAGCUGAUAUAAUUCUGAACCAAGUAACAAUAAUUUUUCCUAUCAAAGAAACAAUGAGAAACCAAUUAUUGUGCCUUUGUAGGUUGGAUUCAAAGUCUUUUUGGAUGGUAGCAUUUUUAUGUCCUACCAUCGGCUUUUUACUGGCCGGGAAGUUUUCACUAACAGAUUGCAGAACAACCAUACGCACGCUGGAAGUUUUUCGCUAUCUUUCAGAGUUAAAAUCUCUCUUGAAGCUACUACAUCAAGCUUUCUAUCAAUAGUUUAUACAUGUAAAGAGAAUUGAAAAAAUUAUGGUGCCAUCUUGUGCAAUUGCUGUAAUGUUUGGUCUUUCUUGAUGUUGCAAGUGCAAACAAUAUUUUUUCAUACAAAUGACAUAAUAAAGAUGGAUGGGAAUGACGUGGUGCGUUGAACAUGAA